AUGUCAGAGAGAUCUUUAUCUCCUUCAGAUUAUUAUCAAUUAAAACAUGCCAAAUCUAUCGUGAUCAAUCAAGUAUCUUUUAAAAAGAGAAGAUCUAUACGAUAUAAAAACAAUCACUUAUUCCAAUUAGAAUUAAAUAGAUGUAAUUUGAGUUGCUAAUGUUCUAAUUGUGGAAAAUCUAUUGGAUUUUAAUUAAAAAUACAAGGUGAAUUACCACUUAAAGAAACUUGGUAAAAUCUAUCAAAUUAUAUAAGUUAUUAGAAAAAGAAAAGGAUCUUAAAAAAAUUCAAGGCUAUCGGAAAUGCUAUAAUUUUUAUUCUAAUUUACAAAUUGGAAGCAAUUAAAAAGUGGAAAAAGAAAAUACAUAUAUUAAAAGCAGCUAGAAAUCUAACUAUUAUAAGAAGACCUGCAGUUUUGUAAUCACUUAAACUUUUACCAAAUUUUUAAUCUAUGAAAUUUCCUAUCAAGUAUUUUAUACAUUUUGAAAGAUCGAAAUAAUCAUUUCAUUCAUCAAUUUCAAUUCAAGAAUUCCCAUGAAAUAUUCAAAGGUACUCCAAAUAAUUAUUCUCAUGCUAUUCAUACUUAAUAAACUUCUAGUAAUCCUAAAGAAUUAAGACCUUUUGAUCCCUCUCCUAUAAGAUCUAAAUCUCGUCCAAAAAUUGAAAAUUCAGGUAAUAAUUAAACUAUCUCUUAAGGAUGUAGACAUCAUGAUAAUAAAUAAUUUUCAGAACAUCUAUAAGCUUAAAACAAUAAAGAUUCUUAUAUUGAAUUCAAGAGAUUAGCUAGAUCUAAAGCUUUAUAGAAAACAGUUGAAAUGCUAUCAAGCAAUUCAUAAAAUAUAUUAUUAAAUACUUAGAAUGAAGAGAUAAUUUUGAAUGAAUCUCUCAAUCAAUAUUAAUAAUCAUAACAAUAAGAACCAAAAAAGAAUUAAAUUUAAUAAUAUUUAGAGAAGAUGCUAAAAACAAUGGAAUGUAAUAAUUUAUAUUAAUAAAUUAGAAAAACAUUUAGUAAUUAAGAAAGACAAUAAUAUUAAACCUUUAAGCAUUUUUAAUGAAGAAGUUAAUAAAUCAAAAAGCAAAUUACAUUUCAGAUCUAAUUCUUAACUUUCACUAACCAAUUAUUAAUCUUAAUUUGUACCCUAUCAUGAUUAAAUUAGAACUACAACUAAUAGUUCUUCUUAUUAUAAUAAUAAAAAGGAUUGUCUUAAGUUGAUAGAUCUUAUGAAAAAUAAAAAUAAAGUAAUUAAAAUUAAAAAAUGA